CCGCGCCCCCUCCCGGAGCCCGCACCUCUCACGCCACGCCACACGCCGACAAGCUCUCCUCGGAGGUUGGCCGGGCCAUGGCCAGGUCCCCGCUUGGCCGGGCUCUCAGGAGCACUGCUCUCUCCGUCUGACCGCACUCCAUCCUCCCGUGCCCUCCGGUACCGCGCGCUCCUUGAACUCCAGCCUCGGUCCACACCGUCCGUCCGUGCGUCCUGGCGCGCAGUCUCGGGCCACCGGCUUGGAUGGACGCCCUGAGGCUGCCCGGGCAUCCAGGGGUCUUGCUUCCGAAGUUGGUCCUGCUUUUUGUCUACGCAGAGGAUUGCCUUGCUCAGUGUGGCAAAGACUGCAGAUCCUAUUGCUGCGAUGGGACCACGCCCUACUGUUGCUCCUACUAUGCCUACAUUGGGAACAUUCUCUCGGGCACUGCAAUUGCUGGCAUCGUCUUUGGAAUCGUGUUCAUCAUGGGGGUCAUUGCUGGAAUUGCCAUAUGCGUCUGCAUGUGCAUGAAAAACAACCGGGGCACCCGGGUGGGUGUCAUCAGAACCACCCACAUCAACGCCAUCUCCUCCUACCCUGUGCCACCACCCCCCUAUGGUUACGACCAUGAGAUGGAAUACUGUACAGACUUGCCUCCUCCAUACUCCCCAACUCCACAGGCCUCAGCACAGCAUUCUCCACCCCCUCCUUAUCCUGGACAUUCACGGAAAUAAUGUUUCUCCUGGAACAGAAUAUGUGUCAAUCAAUGAUCUUGCCUAGAGUGAAAUGCCUCUAUUCCUAAACAAACAGGAAAGGGUUGCUCUAAGGAAUACUUUUAUGGGUCAGAUACUAUUUCUGGUGGACUGUCUGUGCUAAGAGGCACAGGGUUCCCACCCUGAUCAGAGCUGACCCCAUGUGGAUUAUUAUGCAUGGUUCUUCAGAAUCAAGUUUUAAGGGAUCUGAUCCACUUAAGCACAUUCAAAGAAGAGGAAUGAGAUUGAGAGAACUUCUCAUAACUGCUCUUUAAAGACUAGAUGAAGGAAGUUUCAGUACUGAUCCUGUAAAAGAGAAGACUGCAGUAGAACAGGAGAAUGGCCCAGACUACAUAAGCCAACAGCUUUAUUCUAUGUAGCUUUAAAGUCAGAACCAGAAUUGCUCCUUCUUUCUUUUAUUAAUAUAUAUAUAUUGAGUGUCUGAGGCCUAAUAUGUGCCUGGCACUGUUUGAGGCACUGGAUGGAAGUUACCAGAGGGGACUUUGGUUUUUAGUACAGGCAUACCUCAUUUUAUUGCACUUUUCUUUACUGUGCUUCACAAAAAAAUGCAUUUUUUUACAGAAUGGGGGUUUAUGGCAAGCCUGCAUUGAGUACGUUCAUCAGCACCAUUUUUCCAGUAGUAUACAGUCACUUCUUGUCUCUGUCUCACAUUUUGAGAUAUUACAAUAUCUCAAACCUUUUUCUUUAUCAUUGUAUCUGUUAUGGUGAUCUGUGAUCAGUGAUCUUUGAUGUUACUAUAGCAGUUGUUUUGAUAUGCUACAAACUGUGCCCAAGUAGGGCAAGGAGCUUAAGAAAGGGUAAAUAUUGUGAAUGUUCCAACUGCACUACCAACUGACUGUCCCCGUUGGGACUUCCUAUUCCCUAAGAUAUAAAAAAAAAAAAGUUGAAAUUAUGUCAAUUAAUAACCCUAUGUGUUUAACUGAAAGGAGGAGUCAUAGAUCUCUCCUUUUAAAUCAUGCACUAGAAAUAACCAAGCUCAACGAGAGGCAUGUAGAAUGCAGAGACAGCUGAAAGCUCAGCCUCUUGCAGUAGUAAACCAAGUUGUGAAUAUAAAAAAAAAAAUCUUGAAGGAAAUUGAAAGUGCUACUCCAGUGAAGAUAAGAAAGAGAAGUAGCCUGAUUGCUGGUAUAGAGGACGUUUUAGUGGGUAAAACUUUCUGGAUAGAAGAUCAAACCAGCCACAACAUUUUUUUAAGCCAAAGCCUAUUCCUCUCUUCAAUUUGAUAAAGGCCAAGAGAGUUGCGUGAGCUGCAGAAGAAUAGUUGGAAGUUAGCAGAGCUCAGUGCAUGAUGUUUAAGGAAAGAAACCAUCUCUAUAACAAGACAGCACAAGCGAAGCAAGUGCCUAUAUAGAAGAAGCUGCAGCAAGUUCUUUAGAACACCUAGCUCAGGUAAUUCAUGAAAAGGCUAAACAGAUUUUAUUUUUAGUUUUUUAAACGACAUAUUUUUAAUGUCAAUGAAACAGCCUUAUACUGAAAGAAGAUACCAUCCAGGACUUUCAGAGCUAUGUAGAAGUCAAUGUCUGACCUCAGAGCUUCAAAGAACAGGAUGAUUCAAUUUUUUUAAGGGACUAAUACUUAAGCUGGUAACUCUAAAUGGAAACCAAUGCUCAUUUGCCAUUCCAAAAAUCCUAAAUUCCUGAAAGUUAUACUGAAUAUACUGUUCUUGUGCUCUAUUCAUGGAACAAGAAAGCCUAUUUACAACAUGGGUUACUGAAUAUUUUAAGCCUACUAUUGAGAUCUAUUACUCAGAAAAGAAAUUCUUUUAAAAAAAAUUAUAGUUUACAGAGAUAGAAUCAACUCCUGGUAAAGAUGCUGUGACCAUUGUUGAAAUAAACACAAAGGAUUUAGAAUAGUACAAAAAAUUAUUUGACAAAUUAGCAUCAGUGUUUGAGACGAUAUACUGUAAUUUUGAAAAAAGUUCUAAUGUAGAUAAAAUGCUAUCAAACAACAUUAUAUGCUACAGAGAAAUCUUCCAUGAAAAAGUCAAUCUAUGUGUCAGACUCUACUUUUGCCUGAUUUUAAGAAAUUGCAACCUCCUCCCCAUUCUUUAUUAAACACUACUUUGAUCAGUCAGCAGCCACCAAAGUUGAAUUAAAGACCCUCCACCAGCAAAAAUAUUAUGAUCGAAUGCUGACUGAGAUGACCCUUAUCAUUUUUAGCAAUAAAGUAUUUUUCAGACAUAAUGUUAUUGCACAGUUAGACUCAGUACAAUGUGAACCUAACUUUAAUAGUCACUGGGAAGCCAAAAAAUUGUGACUCACUUUAUUAUGCUAUUCAUUUUAUUGUGGUGGUCUAGAACUGAACCCACAAUAUCUCCAAGGUAUCCCUCUAUUUAAAAACAGCAUUUAGAGCUUUCUUAUGGACAAAACUGUUUUGUAAAGCUUCCUUUUAUGAAGACUUCAAAACGAACCUAAUAUAUGAUCUAGAAAGGAUACCUAAAUCAAAUGGUAGAUAAGCCCAUUGGACACCCAAAAGUUCUGCUCAUUUUUUUAAUGCAAGUGAGUUUCUAUGGUUCUAAAAAUAAAAGCAACAAUUGAUUCUUACUUAUUUACUUUGAGAGUUAAAACACAGUUGCUACAAGCCAAAUACUCGUCAGUGUCAGCUGCCACCUCCUAAAAAAUCAUCUGACUGGGUCAGUGGAUUUAUGAGGUUUUUCCAGUGAUGAAGGAGAAAUUGUAUCAAGUUCUACAGGCAAUAAAAGCUUCUCUUUAAAGUAAAAGAUAAGAAGGCAAAUAUUCCUAUAGAUUUUAUAUCAGUAAAAUCUCAGAACUUAACCAUGAAAACAUACAAUAGAUUAACAAAAAGAAAAGGGAAAAAUACAAUUUGGUUUGCUUUCUGUGGGAGUCUAUUUAAAUGUAACUGAGACAAAUUUAUAUUCCUCUUUUGUAAAACUAUGGUUAUCUAUUCUCUUGAAAAAGUUAUAUAACAAAUGAAAAAGGAUAAGAUAUUGACAUCACAUGGUUGCCUUUUACCAAAAUGUAAAUUUUAUGAAGUGCCUACCUUUAGAUGUAAAAGCACUUAAUAAAUAAUUCAAAUGUGCCAUAUUUGGCUGGAAGUGACCUUAACAUUUAUAUUUUAUAUGGAUCCUUUCAUAUAUUUAAAAUUGCAUACUGAAUUUUGGGGAUAGAUGAUAGGACUUUUGUGUCACUAAACAAUUAAACCUAAAAUGCUUAAUCCACUAUCAUCACCUUUGUUUGGUGAAAUCCUAAAAUGUUGUUAAGAAUUUUGCUAAAUAAAACGAUCAAAGGAAAUUCCUUAAGGUAUAAAUUAUAGUAUUGGCACUUAUAGUUAGGAAACUGGUUAUAUAAUAUACAUUCAAAUAUCUGUACUAGAAAUACAUUGAUCUGGCCUAAUAUAGCCUGCUUGUGAGGUCUAAAGGCUAGAUUUGUUUGAAAUCACUUGCCUGAUUUUUAGGCACAGUUGAUUUUCUUACUCAUGAACAUGAACAGUAUUCAAGAGUUCCAGUCUAUUCUAUUGAAAGAUUCCCUGACUCACUAUAGUAUUUAGCACAAUGUUAACAGCACAUAUGAUUUAAUUUAUUUUUUUCCUCUGCAAGUGUGAUCAGAUCCAAUUACACUGCAGCUAUGAAACUGAAUGUGCCAGGGUCUCCACAAUUUUGAGAAUGUUGAUUGCAAAUACACUGUAUAUUCCUGAAGAAAACAUGCAGAGGAAAGACCAUUGGAAAUUGAUUUUCAUCAUCUCUGCCAUCAACAGGUGUUGAUUGGCUACAUCUUAUGUUCUACAAGUCCUGCCCUCAGAAGCCCUUUCAUUCCAUACCAUCUCUCCUGUAUUUAUGCCCUCCUUAAGGGAUACAAACCUAUAUUUCUACAAUAGAUGAGUAUUUUUACUACUUGUGUUUAGUGUAACAGUAUCACAAUUGUGCACAUUAUAGACUUUUGAACUUCAAUGAUUAUUUUCACAGACGAUGCAACUUCAGGGGGAAACAGGAAGUGACGUGAAAGCUUUAAAUUAUGGUGAUUUACAAACUAACAUAUUUGCUGUGGCCAAACUGUUUACAAUAAGCAAUAAAAUGAAAGAACCCACUAUAACAAGGGUUAUAUUUUA